GCCCUGAAGAUGAAGGUCUGGCUGCUGCUGGGUCUUCUGCUGGUGCACGAAGCGCUGGAGGACGUUACUGGUCAACAUCCUCCCAAGAACAUGCAUCCAAAGGAGCCCGGAGAGAACAGAAUCAAGCCUACCAACAAAAAGGUGAAACCCAAAAUUCCUAAAAUAAAGGACAGACACUCAGCUGAUUCAACACCAAAGACACAGUCUAUAAUGAUGCAAAUGAUGGAUAAAGGUCGCUUUCAGAAACCCGCUGCAACCCUGAGUCUGAUGGCAGGGCAAACUCUAGAGCUUCGAUGUAAAGGGAAUAAAAUCAGAUGGAACUAUCCCGCAUACCUUGACACCUUAAAGGGCACCCGCCUCAGUGUGAAGCAGCACGAGCGCUACGGCCAGCUGACCCUGGUCAACUCCACCGCGGCCGACACGGGUGAAUUCAGCUGCUGGGGGCAGCUCUGCAACGGCUACAUCUGCAGGAGGGACGAGGCCAAAACGGGCUCCACCUACAUCAUUUUUACAGAGAAAGGAGAACUCUUUGUACCUUCUCCCAGUUACUUUGAUGUCGUCUACUUGAACCCGGACAGACAGGCUGUGGUUCCUUGUCGAGUGACUGUCCUGUCGGCCAAAGUCACGCUCCACAGGGAGUUCCCGGCCAAGGAGAUCCAGGCCAACGGAACAGACAUCGUUUAUGAUAUGAAGAGAGGCUUUGUGUAUCUGCAACCUCACUCCGACCACCAGGGGGUGGUCUACUGCAAGGCGGAGGUCGGGGGCAAGUCUCAGAUCUCUGUCAAGUACCAGCUGCUCUAUGCAGAAGUUCCCAGUGGUCCUCCAUCAACAACCAUCUUGGCAUCUGCGAACAAAGUGAAGGGUGGGGAUGACAUCAGCAUCCUCUGCACGGUCCUCGGGGAGCCGGAUGUGGAGGUGGAAUUCAGGUGGAUCUACCCAGGGCAGAAGGAUGAAAGGCCCGUGACGAUUCAAGACACUUGGCGGCUGAUCCAGAGAGGACUGGGCCACACCACGAGGAUCUCCCAGAGCGUUCUGAUCGUUGAAGACUUUGAGACGGUUGACGCAGGUUAUUACAUUUGCACCGCUCAGAAUCUCCGAGGACAGACCUCAGUAGCUACCACUGUGGAGUUUUCCUGACUUGGAAGACGAAGUAUGAAUGAAUUGAUGGAAAGCCCACUUGUGUACACAACCAGCUCCAGGGUUCUUUUGACUAGUGCUUUGCCAGAGGCUGAUGUCAAGCGCCAAACCCCAGGCCCUGCCUUGUGAGUCAGACCCAGACCUCCAAACUAAAAGGAAGUCACCCGGUCUAAUUAUAGAAGUGUUAAUUCUA